AUGCCUGGAGCUACACUGUUCUUAGCCGGCAUGGCUCCAAGGUUUCAAGUAGAUCUUGAUGACAAGGAAAGAGUUCUUGAUUUGACGAAGUUGUUGAAAAGGGAACAAAGACGUCAAAAUGGAAUAGCCGGAGGGGCAGCUGGUUUCCAUGGAGGAAUCGAAGGUGGCAUUAUUUCUAGUGAUGAUGGUGGUGGUUAUCAAGACUUUGGCGCAACUGGUACUGCAGAUAAUUGGGCUGGCGGCGGCGGUGGAGAUUUUGGAGGUGGUGGUGGCGGUGGCGAUACCGGUGGUGGUGGCUUUGGAGGUGGUGGUGGUGGUGGCGGUGGCGACACCGGUGGUGGUGGCAGCGGCGGUGGUGGUUGUGGAUGA